CGCACGGGUGACAGACUGACAGGUCCGUCCGCAAAUCUGCAACGUUGCCUCGUCACCUCUAUCCUCCGGUCUCUCACCGCCUAACACGGCCGCCAUGGCCGCCGCCUCCACCUCCCUUCCCCUUGGCUUCUCCUCUCACCACCGCCCAACUCCCAGAAUCCGGCCGCAGCCCCAGUCCCAGUCGCAACCACUGAAGGCAAAACCCCUUAACCCCCUUCGCUUCAGCCUAGCCCUCACCCCGGCGACCGCGAAGCCCCGCCUCGCUGCGAUGCCCGACGAUGUCGCUGUCGCCAACUUCGUGGAGAAGGACUGGUCGUUCCUCGAGUCCGCGGGCGCAAACCUCCAGCGCGCUCUCGCGUCGGGGGCGCUCUCGCCGGCGUCGCGGGUGUUGGCAUUGACGCCCACGGCGUCCUUCGUGAGGUCGCUCCUCGCGUCCUCGCCCUGCGAGCUACUGGUGGCCGCGCAUGAGUCGAUGUACGUGCUGGCAGGGGUCAAGGAGGCGCACGACGAGGUGAGGUGCUUCCACCUCGAGGGUGGGGGCGGCGGCAGAGGCGGCGGCGUGGUGGAGGCCGUGCCAGAGAGGUUCGACGACUUCGAUGUUGUGUUCGUGUGCUACUUCCCUGGAAUGGGAGUCUCCGCGGGGGCGCUCCUCAAAUCGCUGGCCAAGAGGUGCUCAAAAGGUGCAAGAGUUGUCAUGUUCUUAGAUCAAGGCAGACAGAAUUUUGAGCAACAACGGAGAGAGCAUCCUGAUGUUGUAACUUCGGAUUUGCCCAGUAUAGCCUUCCUGGAGAAGGCUGCAUCUGGGAACAAGUAUGAAAUAACAGAGUUCGUUGACGAGCCUAGCUUUUACCUUGCUGUUUUGCAGUUUCAAGGAUGAUUUGUUCCUUUUUUGCAAUAUUUGUGAAGCAAAUUGUGACUGUCUGUAAAUUUGCAAUAUUUGUGAAGCAAAUUGUGACUGUCUGUAAAUUCUGAUGGACGUAGUUUGUGGGUGGCUUAUGUCGUACUAGCCUGUUUGGUUUGCUGUCUAAUUUAUCACACUUUAACU